AUGAAUGUGAGAGGAUUUACUGACGCACUUGUAAAUUGGGACGUAGGUGAUGAAUACGAAUGCAUUUCCUUACUGGGCACAGGCUCUUAUGGAAGUGUCUGUAAAGGAAGACAUAAAAGAUCUGGAAAAGAAGUAGCAAUAAAACAAAUAAAAGGAAUCUUUGAUAACCAGACUGAUUGUAAAAGGAUCCUGAGAGAGAUCAAAAUUCUAAGGAAACUUAAUCACCCAUAUAUUAUUCGAUUAUAUGACAUUGUUGAACCCAGAGAUCUAGACAACUUUUCAGAUUUAUAUCUUAUCCUUCAGCUUGCCGAUUCAGAUUUGAAAUAAAGUCCUUAGAUCAGGGUUGUUCUUAACACCAAAGCAUGUUAAAGAAAUUCUAUAUAAUCUGAUGUGAGCUUUGUAUUACUUGCAUUCAGCUAAAGUCCUCCACAGAGAUUUAAAACCAGCUAAUGUUCUAGUUGAUGAGAAUUGCAGUGUCUUGCUCUGUGAUUUUGGAUUAGCCAGAUCCAUUGCAGUUAAAGAAGUACAGGAAGAAUCCAAAGAGGAGGAAAAGAACCAGAUGAACUCUGAAGGAGAGAAGCAAGAAGAUUUAUGAGAUGUCACUCCAAAUACAACAGAGACCGUGGCUGCCUCAAAUGACACGGUGAAAUUCGAAAGACCUGAAUCAAAUGGGAACGGAAAUAAAACCAAUGAAGAAGAAACACAAUUGGAGAUCACAUUAGAUGACCAAAGUGGGGAAAAGAAAAACUUUGAGCCAUCUUGACAUACACCUAAACUAAGUUUCAAAAAGCCUUCUUCACAAAAGAGGAAGGCCAAACCCCUCCAACCUAAGAGGAAGAUUCAGACUGGGAUCUUCAGUAUUGGCGCUGGUGGAGGAUUUACUUCUUCCCUUGCUAAACCCAGUAGUGAUCCAACCUCAGGAGGAUCAAUUCCAGUGCCAAGCAGUAAGAUGAAAAAGAGAGAUCUUAAAACAGUAGAAAAGGCUGAUGCUGACAAAGAAGAUAAGAAGUCCCCCGAGCUAGCUAAGAAAGAAGUAAAGAAGGAUACCAAGAAAGACAUUCAAAGCAACCUCUCUGUCCAUGUUGUAACAAGAUGGUACCGAUCUCCUGAAAUUAUCCUCUUAGAAAGAGACUAUGGACCUCCAAUUGAUAUAUGGUCUGUUGGAUGAAUCUUUGCAGAGCUACUGACAAUGUUAAGAGAAAACGCUAAGAGCACUUUCGAUAGAAAACCAUUAUUCCCAGGAUCUUCAUGAUAUCCACUUAGCCCUUCUGCAAAGAAUAAAGAGCAAGGAGGGUUAAAAGAAGACCAGCUAUGAGUAAUCAUUGAGAAGCUUGGAACACCAUCAAAAGAGGAUACAGAAUUUAUUACUGACCCAGCAGCGAGGCAAUAUUUGGAAGACUUGCCUUUAAGCAAGAAGAAGAAUUUCAAAGAGAUGUAUCCAUUCCCUGGAGAUGAAGCAAUAGAUCUCUUAAAUAAAAUGCUACAGUUCAACCCAUACAAAAGAGCUAGCUUGGAAGAAUGUUUAAACCACCCUCACCUUGAUGAGGUAAGAAGAGAGUCCAAAAUACUAGCUGCUCCGAAGCCAAUAGUACUAGAUUUCGAUUUCGAAGAUGUCAACACCUCAAUCCUCCGUGGACUGUUCGCUGAAGAGAUCCUAUACUACAGAAGUGCUUUCAAGAGAAGGCCGAGAAGACCAGAUGACCACGUCUCGAAGGUAGAGACAGAGCUCUACUCUAAACUUCAGUCUUAUGCUUAA